CAAAAAUUCAAAAUGUUAUAACUCGUGAACGGAUGCAUAUUUUUCGACGAAAUUUGAAUUCUGUCGAUGAAAUCCAAUGUAGAUUACGAUUAAAUUCUAAGAAAUUGGAUACUACUAAAAGCAAAAAAAUUGAUGGGGUAGCAAUAAAAAAAUUUUUUUUUUUUCGCAAACUCCGAUCUCAAAAUUUUUUUGAUAUAAACUCAUCAUUUGGGUCCAAUAUCAUCCUCCACAAGUUACAUCUGGGUCCCAUGCUCUGAAGCUAAGAUACAGCAUAUCCAAAAUCCUUGCGCAAUCAAUUGAAUAUUUUAAUAGAACAUGGUUUGUAUGACGAGCACUUGGUUUUCUCUUUUAUUGCUUAGUCAAAGAUCAUGUUCUUACUCUGUUCUAGUUAACCGAUACUCAAAAGCAGAUCGUACACCACCGUUUGCAUUAGCUGCUUUGAUUCAUAAAGAACUCAUUAAAAUACAUCCAUUCUCUGAUGGAAAUGGACGUACAACGAGAGUAGUUGUGAGUAAUUAUCUAAUUAGUAAAGAAUAUUUGCCAUUGUUAGUGACUUUAAAUGAUAGAGACAGAUACAUAGAAGCUGUUCAAGCUGCUGUUGUUGACGAUAAUUUACAACCGUUUAUAGUUUAUUUGUACGAACAGCAGUUGGCUGCCUUAAAAUUUAGUGAAUCUGAAUCAAUGUGCGAUUUUCCGUAG